AUGGAGGACUGGAACAAUACCGACCUGAUAAAGCUCUACAGAGACGUUGAGACUCUGCAAGAGGCAAUCAAGACGGGGUCCAGCAUCGCCAAGGCUGCUGCUCUCGAGGCUGUUCGAGAAGAUGUGAAACGAGUGUCGCAGCAUCCCUAUGUCCACGCUGCCUCGCGUGAGGAACCAUCCUUCUUACCUCCGAAUGCAUUGGGCCCUGCUAGAGAACUCUACCGAGAGGUUUCGGUGCUCCAGGCCCUACAUGCUGAUGCAGAUGGCGACAACAGUGACGCCAAGCUGCAGGCCAAGGAACGGCUCAGGCAGAAGGCCAAUGCUCUGACGAGAGCUCUCGAUACAGAGUAUUUGCCUCCACGCUAUGAUGUUCCCAGUCUCGACGAAUCGCUUCCGAUCUUUGGCAAAAGCAAAAUCCAUGGCAAGAAGAAUGACACCGAGGGAGAUGAAAUCGAGAAAGUGGCUCCUUCGGGGGCUUUGAAGGCACCACAUCAACAGAUUCCCGUUGGACAACGUGACGUCCUGCCAUCCAUCAACACCAACACCAACACAGUAUCCCCGGCCAUUGCGCGCUUGAUCGCCAAAACUAAAGCCAAGGUGGAGGAAAUUCUGAAACAUCCAACGCCCGCAGUCACCCCAGUGACUGCUCACAUCAUCAAUCUUCUGGUAGCUGGUCCAGGUCUUUCAGGAGCUGGCCCGCACAGCCAGGCCACUCAUGUCGAUUCAGAUUCCGAUUCUGCGUCUGAGGCCAAUGACGGAGAUGAAGAUUCAGACGAUUCGGAGGAUCUAGUUGACGAUGCGACUUUCGGAAAAUACGAGGAGCAGGUCGUCCAGUUCCUCAACACUCUGCCGCCUGUCAUUGAGCGAAAACACACCUCGACCUUCUAUGGAGACGUUCCUGGACUCCAGGAGGGAAUCGAGCCUUUUGAACAUCAGAAAGUGGCCGCCGCAUUCGCCGUCGAUACACUGAGCAGUGACAGCAUAUUCCAAGGCGGCCUCAUCGCUGACCCUCCAGGACUUGGAAAGACUCUGUCGGCUUUAAUGGCCGUAUCGGAGACACGAAGUCCAGGCGCUGGGCCUUGCGUGGUGGUAGCCCCUCGAUCUUGCUGUGAUCAGUGGAUGCGCGAGGGCAAACGCUUCUUCGGCGACCAUCUCAAGAUGAUCAUGUUGACAGGAGAGCCCCUCUCACCGCUGCAGCUACACAAGUACGACGUGAUAGUCACUGCAUACAGCACCAUCGUCGCCGAGGCGCGGCAAUACAAGAAGUACAUCAACGCACUCAAGGGAUACAAAGGAAGACGUGGGGAGAGGCCCCCCAAGAGACCUGUCCUGACCUUGACUUCCGAGGUUUUGGAGCAAGAGGGAGCUAAACGUUUUGGCCGUAUGUUGAUUCUGGAUGAAGCACAUACCAUCAAGAACACUCGAACGAUAUCCUUCAACGCAAUUGCACGUUUUCGAGAGCGGUUCGAGGCUUGUCUAAUGCUCACUGCAACACCACUGCAUAACACAUGGGUGGACGUCUUUGCCCUUGCCUGUCUGCUACGUGGCCACGACAUCCGUUCUUUGACCGAUUUUCGCUCCGUCUUUACCGACCCUUCUGACAAGAGAACUCGGAAGACCGCACGCGUCCCUCAAGGACAUCACAUGGACCGCAUUGUCCGAUUCAUGGACGCCUUCACUCUGAGGAGACCGAUCAGCGUGAUUCACUAUAAACUGACGCCGUUUGAACUCGAGGUCAUCUCUAUCAGGUUGAGCCCUGAAGACUUGCGGAAUUCGGACGAGGAAUUCAACAAGUUCAAAACAGCCAUGGGUGCCAAGAACUCCGGAAACGGACAGGCGGAUGCAUCUUCUGCCAACACGACUGCUACAAUCCCAACACGCAAUGCCAAAGGCGUCGGACUUGACAACCUGAUCAGAGCUGUCCAGCAUGCGUCCCACCCUAUGCUGAUCGAAGUCAAUGAUCAAGACCAGCAGGUCAGUGCUGAGACCAAAGAAGACGAGGUAGUGGAUCUGGAUGAUGAGAACCAGAGACACGUGGAUGAAUGGUUUAGUCGUCUAAGCGUGGACAAGAAUUGGCGCUCGGCUCGCGUUGACAUCAUCAUCGACUUGGUGCACAAACACAUCGACGUACGGCCCGAUGACGCGAUCCUCAUCAUGGACGAGAGUGUCUACUUCCUCGACAUCCUCCGGGUUGCCCUCGAGAAAUCCUGCGAGCCAUUCCCAUGCUAUGCCCUGGAUGGUAGGCUGGCCCCUGUCGAAAGGGAGCGGGUUAUACGUAACUUCACCGACGCAACUGGUCCAAGGGUCAUGUUUGUCAGUCGAGGAGUGGGAGGCCAGGGCCUCAAUCUCCAGGCCGCCAACGUUGUCAUACAGUGCAACGUUUGGUGGAAGCAAUCCUGGGAAGAGCAUGCAUGGGGACGCGUCCAUCGACCUGGACAAACACGGCCCGUCUUUGUCUAUCAGAUCGAGGCCAGAUGCCAGGUUGACGCAUACAAGAAGGAGAGGCGCGAUGCCAAGAAUGAAACGAAUUCCAUGAUUAUGGAGCGUAUAACUCGGGAGGACAUUGACGAACUUCCUGAUAUGGAGCCUUGUUACUAG